AAUGGUGCUCGAUGUUAGUUUUAGGGUUUUCCAGUCGGUGCGAUCUGCUGCUCAACUUUGGGGGGAAGUGAAAGUCAUUCAAAUCCUCCCAAAUUCAAAAUCCUCUUCAAAAUCACGAUACAGCACAUACGAAUAUGAGCACCACCGUACACAGAACCUCUAAAUCCGGUAAUAGGCAAUCCCUGUUCUUCCACGAUUUAGCUUCACCCGUUUCCAACCGCAGGGGAGUAUCAGGAAGUGGCAAAUUCACAACCCCCGGCCAGGCGGCCGCCGUCUCCGCCCUAUGGCGCGAGAAUUUCGCCACCUCAGACCUCCCCCCUCCUCCCGUAUUCACCCUUGAGGACCGCUCAGACCUCUCCCCUGAAUCCGGGAUCCCCGACUACCCUAUUAUCUCUCCCGAACCCAGGUCCGACCCAAGGACCCCGUUCCAGAGUUCCUCGGGCCGGGGGUUUUCGACUCCGAGUAAAAGCAAGGGUGAGGCCAGCACUAGUUAUAAUAAUAAUCAGCAGAGUCCUGUGGGGGGUUUGAGUUGGUGGUUGUCGCCGGCAAAGAGUGGCGGUGGAGGUGGUGGGGAACAGCAGGGGGAUGACAAGGGGAAGGGUUCGCCGGUAGAAGGUGUGGUGCAGCCGGGUGCUUUGAUUACAGUUCCGCCACCGAGGGAGGUUGCGAGGCCAGAGAUGCACAGGAAUGCGGUGGCAUUUGGAAACCUCGACGAGGAAGAAUGGAUCACUGUUUAUGGAUUUUCCCCAGGGGACACGAAUUUAGUUUUGCGGGAGUUUGAGAAAUGCGGUGUGGUCUUGAAACAUGUUCCUGGGCCUCGAGAAGCUAAUUGGAUGCACAUUCUGUAUCAGAAUCGGUCUGAUGCACAGAAAGCUCUAAGCAAGAAUGGAAUGCAGAUAAAUGGAGUUCUCAUCGUUGGGGUGAAGCCAGUUGAUCCAUCACAACGCCAAUUUCUGAAUGAAAGGCUGAAAAAUCAAGGCUUCAUGCCUAUGCCCCCUCCACUGGGUAAAACCUCAGAGCCAAACACCUUGAGAGCAUCUCCUCAUCCUUACUAUUAUCAAAAUGGAAGUAAUACUCCCCGGCAGUCAGCUGGUACCAUUGCCACCCCUGCAAAAUCUGUGGUGUCCAAAAUUAUGGACUUGAUGUUUGGUGUCUAGUUCAUCUUUUUCUCCUGUCAAUUUCGUCCUGGGUGCUUUCCUUUUCAUGUUGAUCUUACUUCUGUAGCACUAUACUUCUGUUCAAGGCUGUCCAAUUUGCAACUCCUACCGGCAAAGCGACAACGAAUGUUCAAUACACUUGAGGUUUUCAGUGAAUUGUUUCUUUUACGGAUUCCCCUUGGAAAAAAUUAUUCACCUCUGACUGAGAAGUUUGAUGUUGGGGUUGUGUCCUAAAUUUUGUUAAGAGUUAUUUAAAUUUUGUGACAGUUAUUUCUUUAUAGAAAACAUUCGAGCUGGUUUAUUGCC